UGGUUCCAUCAGCUCCUUUUCUAAACCCUUCUGUGAGAACAAGCUGGUUCUUCUGGGAAUAAAGAACUGCCUACAGCUAUUUGCACUCAUCUGUUCUUCUCUACAUACGUGCUUGGUCUUUUCCACACACAACCAGCGGGUGCUAGUGGACAGGCCAGGCAGCGUUAGUCAGGCAACUGGCUAUGAUACGAAAAUAAUGCUUCUUGGCCUGAUGUAAAAUGAGGAAUUGCCCAAGGUAUCUUCCAUACUACACCCUUUAUGAGAAAAUUGGGAGAGUCUGGCCUUCAGAACUUCAUUACAAGGGACCAUAAGAGCACCUUCCAAUAUGAGAUACAUACUGCAAAGACACUGUCCAAUCAAUACAUCUUUGAAGGAACAUCAAUUAACAUUGCCCAGCAGUUCAAGAACCUCAAGGCUGACUAACCUUCUCAAAGGAGACCAAACAGCUCCUGUGUCUGGAGGUAAUGGCCUGAGGCAGCCUGGACACCUGGGAACAAAGCAGAGAGCCAUCCGUGGAAGCUCUGAGCCAUGUGUCUGGAUGGGAGAUUAAAUUGCCUUACAAGGAAAAUCCUUACUAGAAGCCAGCAUGUCCAAUUUUACCUCGCGAAAAAUUUCUUCCACAGGAAAUGAUAUGAAGAAUACCUCUCAGGGGACAACAUUGAGGCAACAGGGUUUUCAUGAUGUGAACAAAAGAAGGACUUUCUUACAGGACAACAGCUGGAUAAAGAAACGUCCGGAAGAAGAGAAAGAUGAAAAUUAUGGUAGGGUGGUGCUCAACCGACAUAACUCCCAUGAUGCCUUGGACAGGAAAGCAAAUGAGAGACAUGAGCCAAAAGCUACAAUUAGUCGGUACAGAUCUGAUGACACUUUAGACAGGAUCUCAGACAGAAAUGAUGCCACUAAAACAUAUAAGGCCAAUACCUUGGAUAACCAACUAACCAAUAGAAACAUGUCCACGUUUAGAUCACCAGAAGCAGCAAAGACGCAACCUAGAGUUUCGUUCAGUGCCAACACUGCCAGCACCCCGGCUCCCACCGCUGUGACAACUCCUGUAAAGAAAAAGAGACAGUCCUGGAUUCCGCCUCCUCCUCCAGGUUACAGUUCCACCCCAAGCACGGGAACAACCAGAAGGGAACCAACUGUUCACCCUCCAAUACCUCCAAAGCCCAGUUCUCCUGUUUCAUCUCCUAACCAGCUGAGACAGGAGAAUAGGCAAAUAUGUCCACCUAAACCAGGUGUAAAUACAGAAACCAACAGAUCUGCUGAAAGAAAUAUAAGGGGUCAGGAUCUCGAGAACAUCAUCAAAGUGGCCACUUCAUUUCAGAAAACUAACAAGGGUGAAGAAUUGGAUAAUCUCAUCAAAAUGAACAAAAGCUUGAAUAGAAAUCAAGGUCUGGAUGGUCUCUUCAGAGCAAAUUCUAAGGCAGAGCAAACAGAGAAAAGAGCCAAAAGCCUUGAAAAUCUCAUUUUUAUGAAUACUCGAACAGACAAAGACAGCAAAGGAAACCAAGGCCUUGGAAGUCUUAUUAAAGUUAAUCAAAGGAUGGACAAAAAUGAAGAAGGAAGCCAAGAUCUCGAAACGAUUAUCAAAGUGAAUGCCAGGACAGAUAAAACUAGGAGAGGGAAACAAGACCUUGAUGGAUUUAUUAAAGUGAAUCCUGAAGCAAAUAAAAAUAUCAAGAGGGGCCAGAGCCUUGACAAUCUCAUCAAAGUGACUCCUGAAGUAAACAGCAGUAACACAGGUUCCAAAAAUCUUGAUAACCCCAUCAAGGUGGUUCCAAGAACAGGAAAAAGUAUGCAAGGGGGCCAAAGUCUUGACAGCCUUAUCAGAGUGUCUCCUGAAACAAACAGAAUUAACCAAAGCAGGAAAGAAGGUCUUGAUGAACUUAUCAAUGUAAGCCCCAAAGCUGUCAAAAACAUGGCUGGAAAUCAAGAUCUUGAUAAGCUCAUCAGAGUGAAUCCUGAAAUUCUCACCAACAACCGGAGAAACCAGGAUCUGGAUAACCUCAUCAAAGUGAAUCCUGCAGUGGCCAGAAGUCGUCAGAGUGAAGGCUUGGACAAUCUCAUUAAAGUGAAAUCUUCAGCUCUCAGAAACCCUGAGGGAGACCAAGAUCUGAAAAAUGUAACUGAAGUAAAUUCUAAUGUGCCUAAAAACAAAAAUGGAAGGCUAGAUGGCCAAGUCAAUGGAUCCAUGGAUGCUUUGAACGACCAGCUCACUGGAUCUCCUGCCCAUUCGUAUGAAGCCAGGAAGAAUCUCAGCUUCAAUGCUGAAACCAGGCAUGCAGGACCAAAGGAUACCUUUGUGUAUACAAGGACGUAUGUGGAGAACAGUAAAUCACUGAAGGAUGGAUAUCAGGAGAAUAUCUCUGGAAAAUACAUACAAACUGUUUAUUCAACUUCAGACAGGUCUGUCAUAGAAAGAGAUAUGUGUACUUAUUGCCGGAAACCUUUGGGCACAGAAACAAAAAUGAUUUUAGAUGAAUUACAAAUUUGUUGCCAUUCCACUUGCUUCAAGUGUGAAAUAUGCCAACAGCCUUUGGAAAACCUACAAGCAGGUGACAGUAUUUGGAUUUAUAGACGGACAAUACACUGUGAACCUUGCUACUCUAAAGUUAUGGCAAAGUGGAUUCAAUAAUUCUGGCACGUGGAAAUCAAGAGAAAAGCAUACAUUAAGAAGUUACAAUUUUAUUUUAAGAAUAUUUCAUCUGGAAAAGCAUUUACACUGAAGAUUGACUCUUGUAUCUAACAAUUCUGCUAUUGCACAAAUAAUCUAAUUGCCUUCAAUAAGGUCAUAUACAAAAAGGAAACCAUCUGGUGUCUGGCUAGAUUUAGCCAUGAAAAAUUCAAGAGGUUCCAGCUACCAGUGUCCAAGGAAUGAUUGUUCUGAGGGCAGUGAGCUGUGUCAACCUUAACUAGGUUCAUGUCUGUCCCCUAUGUGUGUGUGGACGUUGUGGUUGCUGUUAUGGAAGAGUUUCCUUUUUCUCAUCUUUGUUUCCCUAAGGAUUUGGAUUUACAGACAUUAUUGACAUCCUGACAAACUGUCAAAAAAGCAAAAUAUGUUUCUUUUAUGCUCAAAAGAAAUGUUGAUAGAAAUUUUUUAUGAAGUUUGGCAGAAAGAUGUUUCAUAUAAAGUUGAAUGAACCUCAGAGAAUCACUUGACCCUUCCAAACAAAAUGAUUUCUAGGGUCCCUUUCUGCUCCCCAAAUUAUCUGAUUCUAAAGCAAGUGUUGUUUUCUUCUCAAAACUACAAUUGAAUAUGUGUUUGUUAAGCAUAUUGAACUAAAUAGUACAUUCUAAACAAUUUGAUGUUAUCCUUCAAUUUGCCAGAGAUAUAAUUUUUAUAGAAUGUUUUAAAAAUAGACAUGGAUUUAUGGGUAAUGGGAAAAAAAUCACAUGAUGUGGAUAGUUUACAUAUGAUAAAUUGUUCAAUUUUCUUUGCAUGUAUUUCAAAAUCCCGGUAUAUGAAUAAUCUCUGAGAAAUAAUGGUUGUGGAUUACAAAGACAUGUUCUUCUGCUUGUUGCAUAUCUAUUCAUACUACAUAGCACUUUACAGCUACAGACAGCAUAUAAAUAAAAAUAAAAUGAAUUACCAGUUA